GUGUGUGUGUGUGUGUGUGUGUGUGUGUGUGAGAGAGAGAGACACAAUUUGACAAAGGGGUCAUAGUCUGUUUAUCACAGGACCAAAAAGCAACGCCAGACUGAUACAUUUCAGCAUGAGAUCGACUCUCUGAGCGAUUCGAUCACAUCUUUAUGAUGGUAUGGAAAAGUUUAAACAUUAUUUUCUUCACAUGGACAAAACAGUAGAAUACCCUUCAACUUUGUAUGAGAACCAACAAGUCAUAGGAAGUACAUUUAGUAGUUUCAAACUUUCUUUAAAAGGUUAUAUUAAACAGCAGUUGCCUCUCUUACCAUAAAUCUACAGUCACUGUGCUGGCAGAGGGUGUAGAUAUGGGUGUAGAUGAGCUGUCUGUUUAGAGAAUUCCAUGGCCAACAUGCUUCUGACAACUAGGCAACACCAAACAGGAAGAGACAACAGUCAACAACACCAGUAAAGAAGAACUGUUGGGCUCAUGCAGGGCUGCUAGUAAAACCCACACUGACAUCUGCUGGCCACCUUUAGGUAAAACUAGGGUCUGUUUACACGUUAUGUUUCUCUAGAUAAAAAAUAAAAAGUAGAUUUCAUGGACUAUUUGGUUUGAAUUUGACCGCUCACGGACAAGCACAAGCAGAAGCAGUGGUUUCCAAAAACAGCAAUUUUAUUAUAAACACAUUUCCAUAAGUGAAAGUUUGGCUGAGAGUCAGUGCCAAACUGGACCACCUGUUUAUGACAGUCAGAGGCUGCAGUAACCAAAGCAAAGGCAACAGACAGCAGGGGCAUAACAGAGUAGUUUUACACCCUAUAAACUUAGAAAUGACAGAUAUUAAACCAAUCUCUGAGGUUAGAUGUGGAGACUCUGAACAGAGAAACAUCAGCGCCACAAACCCAGAAGAGGAGGAAGAGUCCACAUGUGCGACAAAGGAUUCAAAGAGGACGUGGGAGGUCCCGUCUCUCCAGGAGCUGGAGGAGCUUUUACAUUCAGCUCCACGCUCCUGUCGCCACGGAGAUGAGGUGUGGCCAGACCUGUAUCUGGGGGACAUGUUUAUGUCUCAUGACAAGCUUGGGCUCUGGCAGCUGGGCAUUACUCAUGUGCUGAACGCAGCACAUGGUAAACUGUGCUGUAAGGGCAGUGAUGAUUUUUAUGGAACCACGGUGAAAUACUACGGCGUCCCGGCCAACGACCUGCCAACAUUUGACCUUUCACCUUAUUUCUACCCUGCUGCUGAGUUCAUCCACCUGGCUUUGGCAUCAGGAGGAAAGGUGUUUGUGCACUGUGCUGUGGGUGUGAGUCGCUCAGCUGCGUUGGUCCUGGUCUACUUGAUGAUUCAUCACCACCUAAGUCUUCUGUCUUCUAUACGCUGCGUGCAACAGAAACGCUGGAUUUUCCCAAACAGAGGCUUCCUGCGACAACUUAUAGCCCUGGACCGAAAACUGAAGGAUGAAGGGUUGAAUGAGCCAAAAUAAAACAAAGAAAGGAGCAACCCUACGUAGUAAAUCAAUAGGAUUGUCGUCCCUUAGUCUGCAGAAGUCAAUGUCCUCAUUCACCAUGCAAGCCUGUCUCCGUUUGUACCACUUACUGUAUGUAUACACUAAACAGUUCAACUGUGUCCACCUCUCCCCUCCCUUGUCCUCUCCUGAUGUGACCUCAGUGGGGACAGAGAAAGUUCCCUGUCUUUUCCCGCUGGACCUUUGGCAUCAGUGAACAGACUAAUCAAUGCAACAGCAACACCAUUAAAUAACUCUACAUCCAGUCGGAGAGUACUCACUGAACACAGAGAACUAAUUUUGGAGGCAUGCUGCAUUCAAACAGCCACCUGCUGUCGUCAGUCACUGAGCUGCCCACUCUGGUGCUGAAGGGACGGUGGACGUAGACAGUCUGUUGGAGGAGCACUCUGUGUCC